AUGCAACAUCUCCUGCGCCCCUUCGACCCGAUGCAGCUAUCGCCGCCUAUGUGGUAUCAGCCCGCGCCUUCGAUGUACUACUCCUCGCCGCCGUCAAUACCGCCAUCGCAGACUUACGCCGCACACAACUUUCUGCCACAACAGUCUUGCGGACCGUCACGUCUACAACUGUGGCAGCUACCGCAGGCAGCAUUCACCUUUUCGGUGCCCCACUCAGCCUUCUCCCGCCAUGCUGGGUCCGUGCCCGAUAGACUCAGCGUUCCUGAACUUGAGCCCUCAUCCACUCCUUCGGAGCCCGGCUCUCCCGCUCAAGCACCCCCCACUCCGAACCCUCCGGUAGCGCAUGUCGUUUGCAAUGUCCCUCUACGAGCGCCCAAGCCGCUACCGUACCGCCCACCCGCAUUUUUGAAUAGCUUUGAACUGCCCGAUCCCGACGCGGACCUUUCACGCCCGCCAUACACCUGCGCAGCAGGCUCCAAGCGGAAACGCUGCGAUGAGGCACUGCAGAACGAGCCGACGGAUACCGAUGACCGGUCAAGCGGCUACACCGGAAAGCGACGAGCGACCGAGCACGCCCACCCAACCACUGUACAAUAUCCAACACAACAUCAUCUUGCCCGCGCAUCUGCACACGACACGCAUUUUGUCCCGUAG